CGGGCAUUCAGGACCUUACAGCCUGCACACCGGCCCGAUCUCCCUCCUCGAUGCCACAGGAACUGGCCGGUCCAGUCCUAGGGCUCUGCUCAGACUAGCCCCUCGCUGAGCCUGCUGACAGGUCCCGGGCCUCCCUACCUACACGGCCGAGUUGUGGGGACACACUCUGAGUGUCUGGCCCUCUUCCCAGUGGCGCUCGGUGAGCGCCUUCGACAGCCAGCACAAGUGGACAAUCAACACAGGUGGAAUGAUGGACCCGGCCCUGAGAGAGGCUCCCAGCCCUCUCCGAAGGGAAGGAGCUUUCCAGGUGCCGUCAAGGCUCUGGACGUGGUCUUCCUGCUGCUAUGAACAGACGCUCCGGCCUCCAGCUCCCAGAAUCCCAGGUGGAGAAGUUCAGAGAAAGGCUGAGGAGUUUGAGAAUGGAGCACGCCUAAGUCCUGGCCUCUCUUUCACAGGGUGCUCUUUCUGAGAGCCUUCUAUUAGCAUAGGCUCUCUCCAGCCCAGGAGUGCGGUCACCCUCAGGGCGACCUCAUGGGUGUCAGGGAAGCGUGGGGUGCCACAGGGUUUCAGUGGCUGCCCUUCAGAAGGUGGACCCCAGGCCUGUCUCUGCAGGUGCCUCUGGGGGAGCUAGAAUGUGAAGUCUUUCAGAAAGCAGUGCAUUAACUGUUUGCGAUGCCCACGGCCGUGAGUUUAGGAAGGCGGGUGCUCCAGUCUACACAUGUGGAAUUCAGGGCUUAGCGAGGCUACGUGACUAGUCAUGGCUGACAAUGCAGUUGAUCUAUGAUUCCACCGGGCACUCUGCUGGGGAAACAAUGAGGCUGUCUUGCCCCCUUAAGAUUUACCAUCUUGGGUCUCUCUCUGCGAGUUUCACGAGCCUCCAACAGCGCCAUGUUGGGGCAGAGCAUCCAGAGGUUUACCACCUCUGUGGUCCGGAGGAGCCACUAUGAGGAGGGCCCUGGGAAGAAUUUGCCAUUUUCUGUGGAAAACAAGUGGCGGUUACUGGUUAUGAUGACCAUGUUCUCUGGGUCUGGCUUUGCUGCACCUUUCUUUAUAGUAAGACACCAACUGCUUCAGAAAUAGGAUGCUUAAAUUCAUCUGUGAAACAGGUGAGAAGACCAUUGUAUGAAGUCCUACCUCUGAAAAUUGGAUCAAGCUCUGCUGAACUUAAUAGCAUACUGGUUAUGCUUGUAAAUAAACUUAAUACAUGAAAAAAAAAAAAAGAUUUACCAUCUUGGAAACCCCCUCACUAGACAGCUGUGGGUUUGAGUUUGGGUUUGAAUUUGGGUAUGACUCCCAAAGUACUUUUUAACAUAUUUUUUCUUUAACCCC